AUUUGAUUGAAUUAAAACUGGGUGUUAGGUUAUCAAAUUUUUUACAUAUUUGUAAAACUAGAAGUAAUAUCUGUUUACUUCUUAAAAUUUUGACCAUUAAAACAGUGACUGAAAGAAGUUUUUACCUUCAAAUUAGUUAUGACAAUGAAGUAUGUAACACUAUUACUAACCACGAUGAAAAACACUGUUCUUCAAAUUCACUCAGUGUUGUUUUACUUAUAUCUUCCCAAUAUUAUUUAGGACUGCAAUCGAUCAGUUUCUUGUUGGCACAUGUGCAUCCUAUGCGGAUUGCCUCGAUAUAGCCUUAAUUCACAAGCAUUCUAUGCAAAGAUGGAUAGUGACUAGCAAAGGAAUCCAGUUUGCCGCGCGUUUCGUUCUGUUCGUGAUUCGUCAACUAGAUGUACCCGCACCUCAGAGUUGAUGUUCCUUGUGUGGCUCGAACUCAAUACCAUUCGCUUUAGACGCCAUCGUAUUAUCCAGUAUGCAUAUAUGCCAAUAAGAUUUUUCAAGGAUGCAUAUCAUUAUCAUAUAAUAAUAAUUACUAAUAUCCAUCUUCAUUAUUAAGAAAUUAAAGACAAGUGAUUUCUGGAAAUAAAAUGACCAAAUAACCAAUAGGAAGAUGGUCUUUAUCAACUUUUUAUUAACUUACAAUUGGUCUAUUCAAUGUCAUUGUGUACCGAUAUUUUAAUGAUACAUUGUAAAUUAGCUUUUAAUAUGGCAUUUAUCAAUGUGAUUAUUAUUAUUAUUUUAUAUUUGGGAAUCAAUUUUAUCAAGUUUUAAUUUUAAUCUUAUACUACUGAAUAUACUACUAAUGUAUGGAAUUAAAUACAUUUGAAUAGAAGGAAAUAAAUGAAUUCAUAUUUGAUCAACCGAAUGAAAUUAUGGAAACACAGAAAAUAUUAUGAAUCUACCUAUCUAUCUAUGUGUAUUGUGUGAAUGAGAAGCUCUUAUAAAAACGUUAUUUUACAACAUACAUUGAGAAAUGAAUCAAAGAGACUUGAUCAAGUUUGAAAGUAGUGCUACAUUUUCAUUCACAAUCAUUUUGUAGUCACUGUAUGAAUUUUGAGCUACCUCUUAUUUUUAUGUAGUUCACAGUUAAUGGAUAUCAUGAAAAAAAUAUCAUAUAAACGUGAUUGAUUCAACCAUUAACUUUUGUAAAUUCACACAGCAACUCAUGGUGUUAUGGAGAUUCACGAAGGUCGUCGUCUUAUUCUGAAAUGCAAAGUGCAAGGUGAAACAAAUCCACAAAUUAAAUGGUUUAAAGAUAAUAAAUCUAUAAAUAUGUCAUUGCAUCCGAAUAUUAAAAUCACAUCUUCAACGAAGCAUUCAGAAUUACGAAUAGAACACGUCAUAACUAAUGACACAGGUAACUACUCCUGUCGAGGAGAAAGUCAACAGAAUCAAAUAAGCAAAUGGGUUUUUGUUUCGGUUUAUUCAGCUUGUCCAGUGAAUAUUUGCAAUAUGGGAACAUGUUUCAUUAUAAAUAAUAAUUCACUUUGUAGAUGUCCGGAGACACACACCGGUGAAUUAUGUGAUCAACUUGUGUCAAAUGAUAAAAUCAAAAAUAAAUUAAUCAUGAAUACACAACCAAUUAAAAAGAAUCUAAACUAUCUGCAGUCGGAUUCAAAAUCGUCAGUUGACCUAAUUAAUUCUGUAUCAAUUCUAAAUGAUAAUAAUAAUCAACCUAAGCAAACUAUGCAACUAUUAUCAGAAAUAAAACGUGAAAAGUUCGAUUUGUGUACUCUUCCUGAAUUUCAAUUUACUACUGAUUGUCUACAUGUCAAAAGUCAUUUGGCUACAUUCAUUGGCACUGCAAUCACAUGUUCAAUGAUUAUAUUGCUAUUAACGUUCUGUGCAGCAUACUUUAGAAGGAAAAAACUCUUAAACAAAAGAAAACAAGAUUGUAAAUGUCUAUCGAAAGAAAAUAAAUCAGAACCUAUAAAUUCUAUUAAAUCAGCUGAUCAUAGAUCAUCGUCUGUUAUGAGAGAUACUAUAAAUAUUUUUAGCAAUGAUGAAGUUAAGCAUUCAUUCAGUUCAUUUAAAUCGGUAUCAUUUGAGGGUACAUUAUAUACAGAUUCUAUAGAUAAAAAUUCCAGAAACUUUAAUGUUGACAUACUUCCAUCGAGUAUUACAAAUUCAGAUUAUGGAGUUAUAACUCAAGGUAGUAAUAAUAGUAAUAUACAGAUAUCAAGUAACGGUAAAGAUAAUUUAACACAUAAUUGUUCAAAAAAAUUUCCCAAUUCUCCUUCAUCAUGUUCAAAUACUGCUUAUGUUGUAUGGACUACCACACCAGAAAUUAUUCGAGAUGAUGAACGAGAAUUAACCAACCAUUCAUUGGAUAAAAUACUAAUACACACAAAUGCUCAACAACAACAAAACUCAAAAGAGCAACAAUUAAUUUUUUCACCAACAACUUCAUAUAUUUCAGCUGCUUUACCAAAUUCACAAGAAAUUAUCUUAAAUAAUGAUGCAUUAUUUAAUCAAAAUGAUCUCAGUAAACUUCUGUCGUCUACAGCAUCGUCAUCAACAGUACUAUCUGGACCUAAUUUAUAUAAUCCUGUAAAUAUUAAAUUAGCUGAUAUAAGUAACAAAAUGCAGCCGUCGAGUGGUGCUUCGGUACUGAACUCAAUAGAAGCUCCAAGUAAAUCAAACUAUAUUGUAAGUAAAUCACAAAAACCAAAAGAAACUGAACAAUCUUAUGCAUUUUGUACAAAUAUGGCAUAUUGUGAUUCGGUAACAAAUUCACAAAUAUCUAAUAUAUCUACAUUAAUUACGGAUAAUUCAUUACAAGAAUUUACAACAUUAGAUACAGUUUUACAAUCAGUUGAUGCAAAUGAAAAUUUUCUUAAACAUGUUUAUCAUACAACAGAUACCUUAUUACCACAAUCAACAUCAUCAUUAUCAUCACCAUCUCCGAAUACAUGUGUUAUUGUUGAUCAAGAUCAUUUUAGAUUUGGUUCAAAUCUGGUCUAUUUUUGUCCUAAUUCAUAUCCGAAUAAUAAUUAAUUAAUUUUCUCAUUGAACACCUCAUAUAUAUGAAGAUUAUUAAUGAGAUUUCACAUUCCAUAGUCUUAUCUAAAACAAUGUACACGUAGGCUUAAUAAGUAGAUAAUUCAUUAAAUUAAUUGUAUAUUUCAAUAAGAGUAAUGUACAAAAAGAAAGAAAGAAAAAGAAAAGAAAAAAAGGAAAAAAAAUACAUUCUACAUUUUAAUCUGUAUUUAUAAUUGAGUUCUUAGUUUACUAUUAUUUAGUUUAUUUCUAAAUUUAAUUUAAUCAAAAGCAGAAACCAACAUUUUUGUUUUUCUUGUUGUUGUUGCUGUUUUAAAUGUGUAUUAACUUUAAAUUUUGUUUUGUUUUAAACGCUUCAAUUAAUUGAUCAUUUUAAGUAGACCGAAAUUCAUUCAGACCAUAAAAAUAAAAGACGAUGUUCAAUCUAAUUGAUGCAUUUUUAAAUACACACACACACACACAAAGAAAAUGCAACUGUGAUUUAUGAUAAGUUUAACAUUUGAUUGUUUAAACUGUACUCAAUUUAAACCAGAAAUAAUUUGUCCUUUCAGUUCAUUUGGCAUGUGUGUUUCUUAGCGAGAAAAUGUUUUUUUUCUUUCUUCAGGAAACAGGUAAUUAAAUAGAAGCAACAGUUUGUAUUCACUCAAAUAUUUAAUUAAAUUUCUCUCUGUUAUAAUGCUCGGAGUUUCCUCGUCUAUACGAAUGAGACAUUAAUUUACCUUAAACGAAUAUCUACAUUAGAUUCCCUAGCAGUGUCUAUUUUACAGGACUUUAAUAUAACUCAGAUCAAGGACACGAGAUUAGCCUGACUAGAACGUAAAUAUAUUGUUACACCAAAAAACCGACAUCAAUCCGACAAAAUCAAUAAUAAUAAUAAUAAUAAUAA